GAGAAUCCUCAGGCUGACUCUGACUCUCGGGGGCAACGCGGAAGCAAAUAUGUCGAAGUCGAAGCAGUGUAUUACUUCGCAUACAAAAUCUAUUUCCGAGGCACCACCUGGGACAAGAAAACGCGCGUUGUUGCCGCUUGGGAAGAUUUUUUUGGUGUGCCUCAGCCAGAUUUAGCUCCUGAGCUUCCGAAGUCUGCCUUCACUAUCAAUGAACAAACGGGGAAAGUGACCAAGACGUUGUUUUACAAUGAAGUCGCGCCAUGGCAUACCUACAAUUUUUCAAGCAAGGUCCCACUUCAUGUUAGGCAAAGUAAAAAUGAUGGCGAUGAUGAAAGUGUGGGUGAUGAUGAGGUUGCGGACGAAAGCACACUAGCUUUUUCGGCAGAUGCGACAAAGACGUUGAAGAGAGAGGAUCAGCAUGAGAACAAGGACGCUGAAGAUGCUUUAAAGGAACAAGAGCCUCCGACUGCUUCAUCAGGUCUCCCUUGGUGGCGAGAGAAGGGCAUUUCACGAGGUCAAGCUGCACAAGCCGGGACCUUAGUACGACGCUCAGCUAUAACCGAUGCCUCUGCGGAUUUUCUGCUUACGGAUGAUGACGUCAAAAUGCGAGAUAUUGGUCAUGAACAACAAAAUUCAGAGGUGAAAUCAGAACCAACUGCCGUUGUCCUCCAAGACGGGCAUGGCAUGCGAAGUGCGUACUUGACAGAGAAGUUUCAUGCCUUGUACUACGCACCAGCGAGGACGAGGAGAAGGCCAACUAGUACAGAGCAACAGGCUCAAGACCAACACCAAGAUGAACAACAAGACUCUUUUCAUCUUUUUGAAUUUGAAGCAGCAUUGGCAGACUUAACCUCCGAUUUACCUUUAUGGCGACAAGCUGCAUUCGCCAUGCAAGUGUACCUCGCCCAAGACGAUUGGUUUCAUGACGCUGAUGUUAUCCUAGGUUUCGAACCCUUCUGGCUCGGAGCGUUGCUGUUUUCUGCCUUUCCAAAGAAACGCUUUUUGUUCCGGUUGAACAUGUGCGCUAUGCUAGGAUAUUGGAGGUUUUUUGGACAGAACAAAGCAGUUCUGAAUGUGGUGUCGCACAUCCUGUUCAACACAGGCUGGAUUCGACCAGAUACACGGAAAGAUGGGAGAGAAGAUAUAGGGCGAUUGUUGCUGGAGGAAGGUGACGGAGAAGGAGUAGGAGAUGGACUUGGGCAUUCAGAUACGGAGAAUCCUGAAGAAGGAGAAGAUCACGAUCUCAAUCACCAAGACGGUAGCAAUGUCGUUUUCAGUGCAGCAACACGCAUUUCCGCUGAGAUGUUCUAUGCUGUGUAUGGACGCCGACCUCUUUACAUUCCGAUGCUUGGCUUGCACGCUUCUCUAGAUCAUCGAGUCUUGUAUGAUGGACCUUUUUCAGAGAAGAAGAAUAAGGCUAAGGACGUGUUACUGUUUCGCUCACGCUUACCGUAUCAGUCUCUGGUGAUGAAUGUGCUGGCCGCAUACACAGACAGAUAUCCGGAUCGGGAACGCAGAGUUGUCACGUUUCCGGAGAAGACGAACAUGGAGUUUAAACAGAUGUUAUGGAAAAGACAUUGAACUAUCGACUAGAUUCCCGAUCACUUGAUGCAUAUCGAUUACCUUUCACCUCUCUCGUCUAAUCCCUGCAGAAAACUUCGCUGCAGUAGUUCUGAUGCCUCACGUCCCAAACGCACUACGCCUUUCCGAUAUGACCGCUCUAGGGUUACCGAUGUUGAUUCCUGCUGAGCCUUACGUGUAUCGUGUUGUGUGGCCCCUCGCUGGGUGUUAUUGCGGUCACAGCGACUCGAAAUUGCCUUUGAUGCAGACUGUGAUGGAGGACAGGAUACUAGAUCCUUUGGAAGAUAUCGGGAGAAGAAAUCAAUUAGAAAUGGAACAAGUGGGACAGUCCUACAACCAUACGAUCCACACUUUCGACAUUUUCCAUUGGCAAAGUACAGAAGUGGUUUGGCCCCACAAAUUUCACGAGGAGCGACGUUACUGGUAUCAGUACACUGAGUGGAAGGAACGUGGGGAAGUGUUGAUACAAUUUAUUAUGGCAAUGAGAAAGAAGGAACUCGAACUGGAAAAUGGAACAUUUAUUUCGGAGCCAACGCAAUACCCUCUGACUUGCUUAUCUAUACCCUCAAACACGAUCAACAUGUAGAUGGUUUUACUUAUCCCUUUCUCUCCUUCUCCUCUCCUCCUCUAACUCCCGAUCCAUCUGGGAGCUUUUCGAUUUGGCCACGGCAACGAAAGGCGGCAACGAUAGAUUGUUCGAGCACUACUCGCAGCGGACAAUUGAGUUGCAAGAGCACUUAAUACGCAAAUCCUUGCCUUGGUGGAGAAUAGCCGUUAGGAGUUUGAUGGUAGGGACAUGAAUAAAGUCAUGUCAAAAGAAGCUUAUUCUUCUAUGGGUGAAACUUUUUACUUCGGUUUCAAAAUUGUAAAUCCGAAUAUUGCCAUCUUAGAUUGCGAACAAGACACCAACUACGAUUGCUAAGAGCAUUACAUCACUUACCGAGACCACUACUUUUACUGAACAAUUAUCUAGUGAAGAUUUAGCAAUGAUACUUUCUUGAUAAGUGCAUUGCUUUGCAGAAAUCGAAAUAGUUGUAACCACAGCCAAUGCUACGCACGCGGGCGACCAC